AGACAGAGAGAAGUGCAUGCGCAGUACAUUCCCUGCGCUUCCUGUAUUACACCGCUGCAGUCGUCACUCGUUGAGGUGGGUGGGAGAUUAGUUGCAGUAAAACAAGGUCAAGAUUAAAGGUGCUUAAAAACAGAGCAUGGGAAAGGGUUGUAAAGUUGUGGUCUGUGGACUGGCUUCUGUUGGAAAGACUGCCAUUCUGGAGCAGCUGCUGUAUGGAAACCACGCAGUCGGAUCUGAAUCUAAUGAAACACUUGAAGACGUCUAUGUUGCAUCAGUGGAAACAGAUCGAGGAGUGAAGGAGCAGUUGCGUCUUUAUGACACUAGAGGGCUACAAGAUGGAUCUGAACUACCAAAGCAUUAUUUCUCCUUUGCUGAUGGCUUUGUCCUAGUAUACAGCGUGGACAGCCUUGAGUCUUUCAAGAGGGUCGAGAUAUUAAAAAAGGAAAUUGACAAGUCCAGGGACAAAAAGGAGGUUACAGUCAUUGUUUUAGGCAACAAGACAGAUCUGCAGGACCACAGGCAGGUAGACACCGAGACGGCUCAGCUGUGGGCCAAGGGAGAGAAGGUGAAGCUAUGGGAGGUAACUGUGACAGAGAGGAAGUGUCUGAUUGAACCCUUCACUGUUCUCACCAGCCGACUGACUCAGCCCCAGAGCAAAUCUGCCUUUCCGCUGCCAGGGAGGAAGAGCAAGGGGACCCCUUCCUCCGACAUGUGAGCACCCCUGCAAAAUGGAGGAGCAGAAUUGGGCAGCUAAAAGAAAUGAGUGAAAAUACUAUUUAUAUAAU